UUUCGAUAUAAAACACUUUUCCGUAGGUUUUAUAUAGUUUGAUACGAGACUUAUCGUCGGGUUAAACCUCACAGUUUGGGAAAGCGUUGUUCGAUGUAGUUUCUGUCCCUCCUUUGGCUGUGGUUGAGUGUAAGAGCAAAAUCUAGUAAAAAUUGCCGUGGUUAUCUCAGCAGUAGCGGCACAGAAACACGCGGCGAUAUGGUAGGUACUCUUGAGCCAGAAAGGCGCUCAUCAUCCAAAGACCGAUGCUCGGGAAUCGAGCGGACCCGAACCCGGCUGGUUAGGGGGGGGGAGAGAAAAGCAGAGGGCGAGCCGUCUGUAGAUGACGCCGAACCGCAGAAACAAUCACGAGGGCAGUUUGCAAAAGCUCGGGCGCUGUCAGGACGGCCUUCUCCAAAAGAGCAGGGUCAAAUAGAGGAGCAAGAGGCUGCAUGUGGAGGUGGGAAGGCCGGCAGAUCGCAGACCCAUGCUGGCCUGGUUGAAAAGGUGCAAUCAAGAAUACCGGCUCAGGAUUUUGAUCAGGAAGACGCGCAAUUCUUGCGCUACUUCGCUACCAUGGCUAAACAUAUUAUGAAACUCUUCUCUGUCUACUGGAGCAAACCUGAGAAGGAGACAAUAGAGGCCUUCCUUUGCCAAAUCUCUGUCGGCGAUGUCGACUUAUCAGACGACGCCUCGCGUGAUCGCAUUAUUCGGGCAAUCCGAAGUGGCCGAUUCAAUGUUGCUUCCGCGAAAGUGCUCUUCAACAGAACGAUGAAUCGUAUACGAGUUACUAUUCAGGAAGUUAAACGCGCCGGUGUUCCGCUUAGGAAAGACUUUGCCCUCUCGGUUCUUUUUCAGGCUUACCAGGACGUGAGGCCCGCGGGCGAGGCUGUCGUACAGUCCGACGGCGACCAAAACCUUGCGCUGGCCGAUUGUGACUAUCAUAUUGCCGGUGGCGCGCUGGAGGUUGUCGAUAGAGCCUUACAAGUCCGUGCAGAGAAAAUACUUGCGGAUAUUGAAAGACAGAUUUGCGAAAUCGAACAAGACAGCGCGCUCCCCGCACCAGCUUCAGGACUUCACAUCAACGAAGCUCAAUUCGAUCUCGUAAUCUGGGAAAAAGCUGAUACGCCUGUAAAAGUCGAAUAUGAAGCGGGAUUAGUUUCUGAAGUUAGGUUGCACGUUAAACAUAACGAUGAACAGCGCGAUAUUAACUUGAAAUUUACAAAGGGUAAAACUGGGGAAGAUGGAUACCUUCUCAUAUUCACUGACAAAGCUAAAAUAUGGGAAGUGACUGUACUCAUUAAAUGGGAGUGCUAUCAAGAAAAGGUGCCCCGUGACGAAGAGAAACAUUUAUGAACGUCUCAUGACGCGUACAUAUUUGACAGAUUUCUUUGUUCCGUUGUACGCGUUUUGCAACCAGCAUUCUAGGUAGUUACUAAUAUCGAGCACAAAAGAUCUUGUUUUAAGUACAAAUCAAAAAAACGUUCCUUCCACGCUUCGAUCACCCAGAGGACCUAGAGGUUUGGUAUUGAGCAUACGAUUGCAAUAUUUGAUAUUAAAGAAACCUAAUGAGGUUCGAUAUGCGGGUCAGGCAGAACUGGAUUGGGUUGUUCAUUUCGAGUAACGCUGCUCCUUGUACGAUACGUUUUGGUUUAUUAAAUGCGCACUGGGUGGCAGAAAAUUCUCAUGGUAUAAAAUACACUGCGCACGAGUGUUCUUAUCUAACAUUGUGUUCUAACAAUUUUCGCCUGCCUGCGUGCAAUAUGGAAUAUUCAAAGGACAGCUGAUAGGAAAACAUUUAUCGUCGAGAUUACAGUAAAUCUCUUAUUGGCUACUGAUUAUUGGCACACCUUGCUCGAAAUCGUUGUGAAUCAUAUGUCGGUUUGUUUCUUUGACUAUUUAACAAAGCAACGUUAUCAGCCAUGAAUAUCAGACAUGUGAGGCCUUAUAUGGUUACUAUAUGUUGUACGAUGAAGGAAAAUUCAAAAUUAAGCCCAGGUGCGAAAAGCAUCUUAUCGCCGUCGUGUUUGUUGACGAACUCCGUGACAGUUAGACAUUUCGGGGGAUACGUAAAACAGAACAUACCUAAGGGGCCACGCAACUUGAACGUAGCCUUUAACAACGUAUAUUAUGCAAAGCGUUCGGGGCAACGAAUCUUGAAAGGAGCAGCUCAUGAUUGAAUUGAGCAAGUCGGAACUGCACAUAGU